CGCCUACUCUUAAAGUAUCGCCCCUCCCGGCCACCCCGGAUGAAAAUAGCUUGAUACAUUGUACUGCAGUCUACGUUUAGAAGCUUGUAUAAUUCGCAUUGUGAUUAGAACGGCAACGGUUUGCUACCCAGCAGUGCGGUUUUGAGGCGGAGGGAUUUACUGACGCUAGCAGAAGCCGAAGGUGGAAGAAAAGCUAUCUUCAUCCGCAGCCGUCGAAUUUCCACUUUAAUCUUGGUUUUACCGUCGGAGCUUGGCUUUUCUUGGUCUCUGCCCUCAGUUAGAUGGCAAGCUUCCCAGACUCUAUAAACGAAAAUGAUAUAGGUAAGGCAAAGUUCAUUGGUGAACUCCUGGUGCCUGUUGCUCCCUUUGACCAGAAGUCUGGGCGUGAAGCUUGGACAGUAGCGUUUGCACCUAAUGGUUCUUACUUCGCUUGGUCUCAGGGGCAUCGCAUUGUCAGGCUUAUUCCCUGGUCCAAAUGUCUGACAAAUUUUUCAGCGGGUCAGGAUGGAGAAGGCACUAAUGCCCCAAGUCCCCGACGCUUUUCCCGUCAAAACAGUGAUGGAGGCCAGUACAUACAGACAACUGGUGAUCCCAGAGAGCACAUCAUUGACUGCGGCGACAUCGUCUGGGGUUUGGCUUUUGGCUCAUCUGUGCCUGAGAAGCAGAGCCGCUGUGUCAACGUCGAAUGGCACCGGUUUAAAUUCGGGCAAGACCAAUUGCUACUGGCAACUGGCCUCAACAAUGGCCGGAUCAAAAUUUGGGAUGUUUACACUGGUAAACUAUUGCUGAAUCUCAUGGAUCACUCUGAUGUAGUUCGAGACUUGACCUUUGCUCCUGAUGGAAGCCUCAUGCUGGUCUCUGCUUCCAGAGAUAAGACCCUCCGAGUGUGGGACCUCAAAGAUGAUGGUAACAUGGUGAAAGUUUUACGGGGUCACCAGAAUUGGGUCUACUGCAGCGCCUUUUCCCCUGACUCGUCCAUCGUAUGCUCUGUCGGAUCAGGCAAAGCAGUGUUCUUAUGGAACAUGGAUAAAUACACAUUAAUCCGGAAGUUGGAGGGCCACCACAAUGACGUGGUGUCUUGUGAGUUUUCACCAGAUGGGGCGCUGUUGGUCACUGCCUCCUAUGACACCCGGGUCAUUGUCUGGGAUCACCACAAAGCCACUAUCCUACUAGAGCUGGGUCACCUCUUUCCUCCGCCAUCACUCAUUUUUGCUGGAGGGUCAAAUGACCGCUGGGUGCGCUCUGUGAGCUUCUGCCCCGACGGCCGUCACAUCGCCAGCAUUACUGAUGACAGACUGGUCCGUUUCUGGAGUAUUGAAGAAAGAGCUCCACAGGCUAUCGCCUCUCUCUCUAAUGGCCUUUGCUGUGCCUUCUCUCCUGAAGGAAGUGUCCUUGCUGCUGGAACCCGUGACGGCAGUGUGCACUUUUGGAAGUGUCCUCGUAGCACUGCCAGCUUGCAGCACUUGUGCAGGAUGGCUCUCCGGCGAGUGAUUACCACGAAGCAGGUGGAGUCGUUGGCCCUUCCCAUACCACUCCGUGACUACCUGUCCUACAAAGUCAUCUGAUUCUCCGUGAGCAUCUGCCAGUGUCUGCACAGCACAUUGGAAAACUGACAAUAAAUCGCUUUGUCUAUGUAUAUAUUUUGAGAGAACUCGUAAGAUUUGUGAAAGUUGAGAGAAUGAUAAUUCAAUUUGAAUACCGUUGUCUCAAGUUCUCGCACAUAGUCCCAAAGUAGGAUGUUAUUAUGUACAUAUUUAUUUUUGUAACAACUUAAUAUACAAGCCAGUGCGCACCAACGCCUGUAAGGUCAACAUUGUUCUUCUGCUCAUCUCCAUCAAUCCUCAUCUUUUUAACUACAAAGUAUUCUGCUUCUCCCUCUGGCUCGGCUCAGGCUUAAUUGGACAGUCUUCAUCUUUUCCUCCAACUUGAAAUGGCUGUUGCACUUCAGAGCUUUGCUGUCAUGCAUGUCUUGUUUGUAAAUGGUUGAGAUCAAGUUGGAACAUAUGGUGAUUUUAAAAGCUCUUACACACUGGCAUCCGAGUCAGUGUUUUUUUUUCCCCUAGCUUUUCUCUGCCACACUUUUCUAAUGGUGUAAGGUGUAUCAUUUUUUUUGACUCCCACCUUUUGUCUUAAUGACAAUCUCAUCCAACUGUGAUAUGCUCAACCAAGUGUAGCACAUUCACUGUGCAAACCUGACUUAGUUUCCCUCUGCUAAAAUAAGCUUGCAUGUUUUUUUCUGUCCUGCCAGGGCAACGUUACAUAAUUAUUUGAGACCAGUUUUAAUUACCUGUAAUAAAAACAAAGCACCUCUUAAGCUUAACUGCGAACUUGUGUAAAAGGUUCAUACUCAAUAAAAUGAAUAAUGUACAUACAAUAUCUGUAAAUGUAUCAAUUUAAAUCUUCAUUUUGUUUUAUCUCGAUAAAUGUGAAAAUAUAAGCAAGCAAAUGCCCCUGUCUUACGUUUAAAGAGCAAAUAAACAUUUUGUGACUGUGGCACUAAAUGCAACAUUUCCAAACCUAGCAAGAAUUGUGAACGUAAUUGGAUUCCUAAGGAUCAAUGUGAUUCUAGUACCAUUAGAUGCAAGUAUGCGUCAUUCCAAAUAUAUGCACAAGCCACAGUAAUGCUUUUGGAUGGUCAAUUUGGCACUUUCAAUUUGUAUUGUGUCUGCUGUGUGAGGGGGAUGUGAAGAAAGGGAAUAGAGCAUUCUUGAGUUUUGUGUUAAUGAGAGCAAAUCAGUGCAGGGCAAGUUCUUCUGAGCAAUAAGUUCUUAGCAACUGAAGGUUGCAUUACCCAACAUUAAAGUACUUGUGUAUUUAAGGAAUGAAAAGACAUCUAAAGUUUAAUGCAGUAUGAAUUGCCGAAGUUGUCAACUAAAUGUAAGCUUCUACCAUUUUAUGGUAGUAUUUUUUUUAUUUCAAUAAAGGCUUUUGAGUAUA